CAUACACACACAGACUCUUAUCAUGGAUAUGGCUCUAAUGAGCUUCCCAGAGACCCUGAUCUUCUACUGUAUGGUUUCUGUAUUGCUUCUCUUUGGGUUGAAAUGCACUCUGGGACGGCGGCGGUCCUUCAGGGGUAUGACGGCGCUGCCGUGUUUGCCGAGCGUGCCGGUCCUAGGCAGCCUGCUGCACCUACGAUCAACUCUUCCUCCAUAUCUUCUCUUUUCCAAGCUGGCCAGCAGACACGGGCCACUGUUCAGCCUGUACAUGGGGCCGCACUACACACUGGUGGUGAGUGAGGUGGCCCUGGCCAAAGAGGUGCUGCUGCACCGGGGCAAAGACUUUGCUGGAAGACCGAAGAUGGUUACCACAGACCUGCUGACUCGUGGAGGGAAAGACAUUGCGUUUGCAGACUACAACACACUGUGGAGGAGUCAUCGCAGACUAGUGCAAUCCUCCUUCGCACUGUUUGGGGAGGGCUCCAGCAAGCUCCAGACCAUUGUAUUAGAUGCUGUAGAUAGCCUGUGUUCAGACCUGCAGGCCUGCAGGGGGCAGUCUGUGGAUAUGUGUCCGAUCCUUAUGCGAGCCGUCACCAACGUGGUGUGCAGGCUGGUUUUCGGGUCAUCCUACGAGCCCCAUGACCCUGAGCUCCAGCAGGUCAUAGACUAUAACGACGGUAUCGUUCGGACCAUUGCGCGCGGAAGCCUGGUGGAUAUCUUUCCUUGGUUACAGAUUUUUCCCAAUAGUGACCUGACCAGGCUGAGAGAUUGUGUUCAAAUCCGAGACAAAUUACUGACCACAAAACUGGAAGAGCACAAGUUGAGCCUUACACCCAGGGAACCCCGUGACCUACUAGACGCUCUCCUGAGCGGGUUGGAUGGUGAUGGUGGUGUCACGGAUGAUCACAUUUUAAUGACAGCAGCUGAAGCAUUUGGAGCUGGAGUAGAGACCACAUCCACCACUUUACUCUGGACAAUUGCGUUCUUACUUCACUAUCCAGAAGUGCAGGAGCGUCUUCACGCCGAGCUGGAUGAGUGCGUGGGCACGGGCCGACUCCCUUCUUUAAGUGACAGGACCAGUCUGCCGUUCCUGGAGAGUGUGCUGUGUGAGGUUAUGAGAAUUCGCCCUGCCAGUCCUAUCCUUAUCCCACAUGUUGCUAUGCAGGACACAAGAUUAGGAGGUCAUGAAGUUCCGAAGGGUACAAGAGUCUUGGUGAACAUCUGGGCAAUCCACCAUGACCCGGCACACUGGGAAAAACCUGACCAAUUCAGACCAGACAGGUUUUUGGAUGACAUGGGUAAAAAGAUAAGUCCACCCAGUUACCUUCCCUUUGGGGCAGGGCCUAGAGUGUGUGUGGGUGAAUCGUUGGCCCGGAUCGAGCUCUUCCUGUUCCUCAGCUGUCUUCUGCAGAGGUUCCAUUUCAGCGUCCCUUCCGGGGCCUCCCUGCCUGACCUGCACGGGCGCCCGGGAGUCGUGCUUCAACCACAACGUUACACGGUCACAGUAAAUCUGCGUCACUGAACAUACGGCCUAAAGAUAGAAGCAGUCCUGUUAUUAAAUAGUCAGUUUAAUAUUCAGGAAACCCCUGAAGGUGUUAAUUAUGGUGGUUUUGCUUUGGUGUUUUUUUUUCUUUCUAAAAACUAAUGCUUGGAUUUUUUUUUUUUACUGUCCCAGUAAUGCAGAAACCAUAUGAUUAAGAUCCAAAAACAUUUGUAGAAACACCAGGAAAAAGGUAAUGGGUCGGAUUCUAAAGAAAAUAUAUCAGAUCCUGUAGGAAACAGUGAACGAUUGGAACUUUGAAUAUAUUAGAUGUUAUUUCAAUAUCUAUCUAUCUAUCUAUCUAUCUAUCUAUCUAUCUAUCUAUCUAUCUAUCUAUCUAUCUAUCUGAGAGACGUCAAGAGAUAUGCAGUGACGUUCCACAAUAUACACUUUAUAAUUCUAUACCUAUAAGAUAAAUGACUUGCUUUCAAAUGAACAAGUGAACGAAUAAACUUUGAGUUUGACUCAUUUCUUCACCCA